AGACCUGAAGAAGAACGACAUAAGUGUGAUAGAGCCCUGAGCCUUCACCAACCUGACCAGCCUAAGAAAACUUGACCUCAGCAGUAAUGGCCUCAGCUCCCUCGAGGCCUCCCAGAUGGUCGGCCUUCACAGACUACGGCGGCUGAAGUUGGCACGGAACCCGCUGGCCAGGUUACAGGAAGGACUUUUACGAGUGAUGGAAGGCCUCAAGUCACUGGACUUAGCGGAGACCCAGCUGGUGUGUGACUGUGGGCUGACGUGGUUGGCACAAGCUGUAGCUACCAAGCGCUUGAGACUCAAUAAUGCAUCCAGGUGCUACCGUCCCCGGGCACUCAAUGGCACUCAGAUAAGGAAACUCACUCCAGAUCAACUCCAGUGUCACGGCCCAGGACUAUCAGUGGUGGAGCUUGAGCCAGGUCUGGAUCAAGUGGUGUUCGCUGGGGACUCCCUCCGUCUGCGGUGUCGAGUCACCAGCGCCGAGGAGGGUCAUCAGGUGUGGUGGGCCCGGGGCGACAUCCACCUCCUGCCCAGGAAGCCGGCGGCCAACAGCUCGGCCACCGUGACGGGUUACCUCGACCAGCACCACCAGAGGGGAGGAGUUACGCUGAAGAACACUUACAUGCCCGAUGCUAUUGAGAGUAUGGUUGAGAUCCGUGAGCUGAACGGUACGCACAGCGGUGAUUGGUCGUGUCUGGUGCAGGGGGAACAGGGCAACCACACCCGCACCGUUAGUAUUUAUGUGAUUGCCCACGACACCAAGUACUGCCCCUUGAAUAUGACGAGCAACAACCGAGGUUCGUACGUGUGGCCGAGGACGGUGGCGGGAGUGAAGGUCGAGUUAGGUUGCGCCGGUCUCGUCCCGUCCCACCAACGAGGCCCCAAAUUCCUGGCCAAAGCUGCAGCGUCAGUCCCCAGUCUGAGGGUGGCCAAACACACCUGCGGCAUCGAGGGCUUUUGGCACGAGCUGGACACCUCGGACUGUCCCUUUGUAUCGGAGACGACCAAGAUCCUGGAACAGUUCGCCGCCUCCACUAAUCUCGUCGACAGUAAGACGAGCCUAGUCGACAGCACCAGGAGUCUGCGGAACUUUACUCGCGACGGGAAAAUCCUGCGCGAUGCCAUGGACGUCGUGUUCCUGGCCAAGACGGUAGAGCAGUACGCUAACCUCCUGAGAACGCUGUCCGGGCCCAAGGAGACGGCGUCUACGCUCAUUGACAUUAUCAGCGCUUCAAUGGCGGCUGUAAAAGAUCUGUUGUACGCGGCGGAGGUUGUGGACGGCGCGUGUCGGCGUCUGUUAAACUGUCUGUGGAACGUGGCGACUUACUUACCCACUCUGAACCGCGCUGCAUACCCCCACAUUGAGAUGCACCAGUUCAGCAGACAGCCGGACGCCUCCUCCUCCUCCGGCCUGACCUGUAACUGGUACAGACGAAGCCUUCACUCCACCGAGAGAUAUUUCCGCUGUAACACCAACAACUACUCCAUGUUGUAUAGCGACGACGAGGUCAUCGACGCCCAGAUACAAGUACCGUCGAGUUUAUUCUCCAGGGAACAGCAGCUCAAGUCCACAAACACGUCGGAGGAGGAGGCCGUCUCGCCGCCACCGACGGUCCAGCUGCAGUUUUUUGUGUACGACACGGCCAACCUCUUCCCCAGGGUGCUCUCCGGGACCUCCGACACCUGGGAGGUCACGUCCCCGGUGAUCGGCGCGAGGGUGAGCGACCGGGAGGAGGAGCCUCUGCUGGAGGACAGCGUCUACGUGGCGCUCCGCUCGGCCAUCUACAGCCAGAACGUCGUCCCCGUCUGGUGGAAACAGAAUGCCGCCGGUAAUCGGGGCAACUGGACCGACGAAGGCUGCAAGAUCGUCCGUAUCUUGGACUCUCUGAUAGUCUUCCGCUGUAACAGGUUGGCUCACUUUGGCCUCCUGCAAGACAUGGCAGCUCUACAGCGCUCCGACGAAGGAAUGCGAGGGGCGGAGUUUAGACCGAGCGCCCCCGGGGUGUACGUGGGCAGCGCGGUGUGUAUCCUCUUCUUGAUGGCAUCUAUAGUAACGUGGGCGGCUCACCACCACCGCAUCGCCGCCAUGAACAAAAACAAACAUUCUUUAAUGAACACUUGGACAGCUUUACUGUUGCUGGUGACACUGUUCACUGUGGGUGUGUAUCAGACAGAGAACCAGCAGCUGUGUCAGGGCAUCGGUGUGGCUCUUCACUACCUCACCACCUGUGUCUUGUUGUGGAUCAUCGUCACGGUCACCAACCUCUACAAGAAAGUCACCAAAGCUCUGCGUCCUCCCGUCCCGGUCGAGGAAUCCCCGCCCGACGUCCCUCUGCCGCCCAAGCCGAUGCUCAGAUUCUACCUGGUCGGAUGGGGCAUCGCGCUCAUACUGUGCGGCAUAUCGGCGGCCGUCAACCACCAGCAGUACGCGGGAUAUAGCUACUGUUUUCUGGCGUGGGGGCCCAGCCUGGGGGCAUUCUACGCUCCCACCGCUGCCCUCGUCUUUAUCCUCUCCACCUUCUUCCUCCUGACGCACUGUAUGUUGAAGUCACUCCGGGCCAACUACCCCGAGGUGGCCGGUGCUACGGAGACCACCGAACUGGAACUCUUGGAUGCAAACUCCCCCAACUCGGAGAACGUCAACGCCCCGGGGGAGGAGGAACUGAGCAUCGCCUCGCGUGACACGGCCGUGAGCAUAUCCGACGGCCAGCACAGUCCUCUGACACAACUGAGAGCACACGUAGUUACUCUCCUGCUCUUCAUACUCACGUGGGCGGCCGCGGCGAUCGCCACCGCGGCGCCGUUCGCGUCCGUCAUCCCGCACCACACUACAAUAUUUAGCAUCAUCUACGCCAUCUGUGCCAGUAGUCUGGGCAUAUUUAUAUUCGUGUUCUUCUGCGCGAGCCGUAACGACGUGUGGGAAGCGUGGCGGGAGUGUUCGUGCAUCGUCAACAGACAGAGAAAAGAAGAGGAAGAAACCCGCUUGACGACUCCAGCCAACAACAGCGGUGCCAAUCACAUAACGGCGGCCAAUAACCAGCCUCGGGGGCCAACGGUGGCACCCAGCACCCACAGCCUCGACUCCUCCCACACUCACCAGACGAACAAGUCGUCGUCCGUCUCUCACAGCAUCCUGACCUCCAAUAAACCGGAGAGCCUCAACAAGGCCUCCAACAACCUCCAGUUACUGAGCCUCGGCACCAUGACCAACGACCUUCACUACGCUCCCGAGAUAUUUUAUAACCCCAAACAGGCGGGAGUCGCCAAGAGGUUCUUCCAGAAGCAGCGGAUGAGACAGAUGAUGAAGCAGAACAACCUGGAGAUCAACAGGACUGACAGCGACUGUAACUCAACCGUUUACAAACCAAAGAUCACCAAGUCGUUAAACUCCGAGUCUGGCAGAUCAAACUUUGACACCUCCUGUCUCGGAGCGUCGAGCAAAGUGAACAACACCAACAUUCACGUGGACUCCGUGUACGCUUACAUACCGAGCGAGUUCCAGAAGGGCGUCGGGAAGCACGCCAGCAAAGACCCGACUCCCGAGGUACUGUGCGUGUUGGGCCCGAGCAUGGACGACUCCAAGAUGGCCAGUCUCUAUCACUCCAUGAGCAUCGACAGACCCAUAGACAUCGACAGAGGAUGGGCGACCAUACCCCGCAAACCCCGAGCCUUCAUGGAGGAGCCGCUGAGCCCCCUGAGACGCGGAGGAUCUUUCCCGAGCAUCGUGGAAGAGGGACAGUUGACCUCUCAGGCCACCAGUCAGAGUUCUGCCUUGGAGCAGCUGCCUUAUGUUCCUCCUGAACCUUUACACCAACAAAGACUCUUUAACUAUCCACUGUUGGGACAGUCAACACCCAUGAGUCAACAACUAGUGCAGUACCACAACCCCCGGCACCACCACCUGCAGGAGGAAGGACUCGCUCGCAAGAACAGAAAUUCUUUUAAUUCCGAUCAGACCGAAAGAUCCGAGGGGACGGGAGCGUUGCGGGGCGCGGAUCACUCCCGCACGGCCAGACACCAGAAGUACAGGUCGGGGCGGGAGAGGCCUCGACCGGGAAGAAAUAGACGUAAGAUAUCCAGACCGCGGGAGAGCUGCGCGCACGAAGAAAAGGACGACUGGACGGACGACAACACGUCUCCAAUCAUCAUCAAUCACCUGCCGUCCGGAGAACCGGGAGCCGGGUCGUCCGGGUCCGACAAGGAAGGCUCGCCGCGCCGGUUUGUGUCUUAUCCUCAGCCGGUCCACGCCAUCUCCCCGCCCGACAAGCAGCGCGCCGUUCUCCAGGCAAAUCUCAAAGCGCCCAAUCCCGCCCUGUCCGCAGAACGGACGGGAGAGUUGCUGUGCGUGGACAUGACGUGGCCGCACGUCAUGAACUCCAUCAUCUCGGGAGACAAGACCGGCAGAUCCGGAUUAGACAAAUCAAAUUGUCAGUGUCUUCACUCGGCUUAUUCCUCCAACCUGGAGGAUUCUUCCCACCUGCCCGUAGGGAUGUGUUGUGGCGAGGGUCACGACGAGGGCGAGGACUGUGGGGCGUGGGACAGCGAGUGCGGCGACGUGUACUGGUGCGACGGAGGAGGCGAGGAACGCGUCAGCGCGUGCGAGGUCAGCGGGUGCGAGAACUCCAGUCUGUGUGGAGGAGCGUGUGGGGUGCGAGGAGAUCUGUGCGGGAGCCAGAGCAGCGAGGGCGGCACCAGCAUAGGGGGUGCCAGCGUGGACCCCGCCGUCGGCACGAGUCCCCGGGGCAGCGUCAACAUCUCCGACUCUCCUUUCGACUCUCCUCUUCACCGUCUCCAUCAAAAUACCCCCGACAGCGGUUCGCUGGACUCGGGUCUGCUGGGGUCUCCGGGACGGCCGCCGUACGACGUGGGACUCGCCAACAGCGGCCCCAUCCACAGCUCGCCCAAAGAAGAGGACACGUUCCACAAAAAUGAUCUUCCAUUUUGUGAAACGUACGUGCAAGACGCAGAGACGGCGGACGCACGAGGCCGUCUGGACGCCAGGAACAUGAACAAUAGUGAACCGUGUAAGACCGAGACGAGUGCGGCGGAUUCUUCCGGGAAUUCCAUUUUCUAUCACACAAACAGUUCGGUAGAGACCGUUCUGAGAAAUGGUGAUGGCGUCAACGAGAGCAGUGAGGAGGGGAACGACGCCCCCAAGAGGGACCGCAGAAGAGGGAGCAUUGACGGAGAGGAGGACUGCGAGCUGAAACUGGACCUAGACUCUGAUGCCAACCCCAAGAGAGAGACUUGUGUCUAGCCCAGCUCCUGGUGGUGGUCUGAGACACACCUCCUGGUGGAGGUCUGAGACACACCUCCUGGUGGAGGUCUGAGACACACCUGAUGGAGGUCUGAGACACACCUCCUGGUGGAGGUCUGAGACACACCUCCUGGUGGAGGCCUGAGACACAGGAGGUGUGAGGCCAUGUACAGUAUUUAUAUUGUAAAAGUUCCUGUUCGUGGCAUUUUCAUUCAUUUUUCUCUGAAUCAACAAAAUGUGUUAAUGAAUUAUUAAUAUUUGUAGGAGUGUAUAGAAGUAGAACUCAAUUUGUACAGAUCAAGAUUAUUAGUUAUAUAUUUUACUCGAUAUCUUGUGUUUGGGCUCACAACUAGACAUAUCAGUCGAGCUGUUUGUGUACAGUAUUGGAACCCUCUUACAGUGACGACGAUACUGGUAGCUGUUAUUGUACAUUACUCGAAGCUGUUAUUAUUUAAUGUAGGAUAAUGAGAGCUGGUUUAUGGUCAUACAGGCCGGAGCGGUGACUAGGAGACUGUACGCUGGCUCUUGCUGGGUAUAAGUCAUUUACUGACUGUAGUUUCAGUACACAUCUUAGUGGCAUCGUUAUAACUAUGUUUGUACCGUCACUAAUGGUCCCGGGUAGACGUCUUCUUACACCUCCAGUCGCUGUCCGAGGAUUAUCUAACGUACGGGCGUCCGAGUCUCCGUUUCCUCGUUUAUUGAUAUCGACGUAUUCGGUAUCCGUCGGUUGUUCUUUACGGUGUUCGGGCGUCGUAAUCCGAUCUUCGCUGCGGCGUUCGUGGACGUAGCUGCCGGCGGAGAGGUCGUGCAGUACUCACACUGAGUACCGCAUCAGCCAAAAAGUACAUAGAGUAGUUUUCUAUCGUAAUUUGACUUUUUACGGCUUUAGGUAUGCACUGUGUGUGUGUGUGUCAUAACGGAUCAGUCUGCGUGACUGCUUAUCUCGCUUUCUCCGACGUAUUGGUCAAACAAAUCUCCGAAACAUUACA